UUGUGAGCGUCUUUGUCACGAUUCGAUAUUUCGAGUUGUGUUUUCCAAGAAUCGCCGUGGAUCGUGCCCCAUCCCCGUGAAAAUUCUGAGCAGCAAGAUGGAUAUUAUCAGGAUGAAGAGAUUGUCGAGGAAGUAUUUCAGUAGGACUCUUAUGGACGCCUUUAUCGAAAAAUCCAGCGCUAAUGACAUCGGCUCAGACCGAAAUUCCCGAAAUCGCCGAGUCUCCCAUUCUACCGGCGCGAUAACGGCCCACGAAGAACAGGGCGCGCGCAUGCUGGAAGAUUUUGACGAGAUGACGGUGGGCCAGUAUUGCACUAUAGGGAAUCGCGAGAGACGUAAGGCAGGUCUCGAGAGCAGAAAGGCGGGAAUAAGAGAGCGAGAGAAAAAAAUGCAGCCGCGAACGCGCAAAAGAGAGGGAGAGAGGGACGGCGUUAGGGAGGCAAAGAGAUAGAUGUCAACUUGAUGAUGAUAUACUGUUGCGAUCUUGGUGACCCCCUUUCUUCUCCGCCGUCACCUUCUGUCCCUCUCUUCCUCCAUCACCUUCU